AUGAGUCCAGAAGGGAUUUUUAAAAAUGAAGAUACUCCACAAAGUGAGGAAGAAUUAAAUAUAAUAAAGGAUUACUUAGAUGAGCUGCAUUAUGCCACGCAAAAUUUAUAUAAUACAAAUUAUUAUAACACAUUAUGUAACUAUAAAAAACUUGGAGGGUCCAAGCAGUUUGCUGUUUUAAAAUGUUUAAAAACAAAAGAAGAAACAAGCAAAGACAAUAUUGAAAGUUACCAUUUUGAUCAUAAGGAAAAAUUCAACAAUCCUAAUUAUUCAUAUUAUUCUGAUCAAGAGGAACUUAAUUCUUCUCAAUCUCAUUAUUCAUAUAACUCAAAUAAUACAUCUAAUUAUGACCAUUCUUUUCCUUAUCAAUCCAAAACAACAAAACAUCCACAAAAAAAUAUACAAAAUAAAACAAACGAAAUGAAACAUAUAUUAUUUUCAUUAAAUGCAGCUGAUGAAUUUAAAAAAAAAAGAAAAAAAAAAAACACACACAAAGACGAAAAAAAAGAAAUUAUUAAUUUUAAUACAAAAGAAAAAAAUAAUUUUCAUAAUCAUAAAAAUAAGGAACCAAAAAAUAAAACUAAAAAUUCAAACAAUAAUACAAAUAAAACAGAAUUGUCAAACCAAAAGACUCAUAAUUUUAAAACACAACAAAAAGAAAAAAAAUAUAAUAAUAUAUAUAAUUAUAAAAAUCAAAAACCAAAAUGUAAAAUAAUACCUGAUAAUUAUAAUCAUAUAUCAUAUUCUCAAAAUAUCAAACAUGUAAAUAAUGACCUGAAUAAGUCAUACACAUUCGAAAAUAUUAUACAAAUGAACAAUUAUAAAAUAAAAGAUUUAAAAGAUAAAGAAGACAAUAUAAAAUUUACAAACGAUAAAGAAAAAGAAUUAUUUCAAUAUCUAAUAUUAAAAGCUAUAAACGAAAUUGAGCAAAUCAGUUCUAAAUUAGAACAAAAAUUUAAAGAUCAAUUAAUAAAUAAUAUAAAUUAUGUACAAGAAAAAUAUGAACACAAAUUAAAAGACUUAUACAAAUUUAAUGUUUCAUUAGGUAUACAAAAUGAAAAACUUCUAAAAAAGGAUAAAGAUAAUAAAGAAUUAAUAAAAAAACUAGAAAGUACAAAACAUAUAAUGUUAGAUCAAAUAGAAAAUUUUAAAAAAAAUAAUCAAAUCAUAUACGAUAAAUUUUUACAAAAACGCAUAUCUCAAAAUGAAACAAACGACACCAUUGAAAAAUUAAACCAAAAAUUAAAAUCAGAACAAAAACAAAUUUAUCAUUAUGAACAAAAAAUUAAUACACUUAAUGAUGAUCUAAAUAAUAGUUAUCAAAAAUAUGUUUAUUAUUACAAUAAAUCGGAUUCUAACCAAAACCUUCUACAACAAAAGGAAGACCAAAUUGGAAAAUUGAAAAACCAAUUAGAUAUACAUAUUAAUUCAAAAAAUGAUAUACAAGAAAAGUUAAAAAAUAUAUACACUGAAAAUAAUAAAGUCGAAAGAGAUAAUGAUGAUUUGAAGAAUGAAUUAACCAAGACAAAAUUAAAUCUGGAAAAAUUGAAAGAUGAAUAUGAAGAACUAUAUCAUAAUAAGGAAUAUGUCUUUUCGUGUUAUAAAAAUGAAGAAAAAAUAUUGAAAGAAAAUUUGGAACGCUAUAAAACAAAAUGCGCCAUAUUGGAAAAUCAGAAGGAUUGCCACAUAUUAGAAGAUAAAUACAAACAACUGCAAAUUAAACUAAAAGACACGGAAAAUGAAAAAUUUAUGUAUGAGCGAACCUGCUUGUUGAAUGAGAAACGACAAAAUGAUAUGGCUACAGAAAUAAAGGACUUAAAAAACGAAUUGUACGAUUGUAAGAAUAGAUUAUAUAAAAUGAGCAAAUCAGACGUUCUAGAUAUGAAAACAACAUUAUAUAAUCAAGAUAUAUUACGCGAUAAAAUAAAAGAAAAUGAAAAGGAUAAAGAAACAUUUCAGUUUAAUUAUAAGAAUAUACAAAGCGAUGAAAAGCCGGAGUACGAGGAAAUAUCAGACGAUCCUCUAAACGUUAAACAAAAAAUAUGUUCCAUAGAGAAACAACUUAUUUUAUUAAAACUUGAGAAAGCAAAUAAAGAAUCAGAGCUCAUAAGGUGUCCUAAGCAUGGAAGAAGAAGCGAAGAAAUAAAAAAAAAGGAAUUCAUAGAAACAAAAUUAAAAUAUCUGGAAGAUAAAAUAAACAUUCUUAACAAAAAUUUAAAAUAUAUGAAAUUAAAAAAAAAUGAAAAGAAUAAUAUUUAA